UGCGCACCAGGCUCAGUGCAAGCGAGGCGCGCGCGAGGAGUUGCGCGGAGGCUGCAACGGCUGAGCCAGGGACCCGACCGAGCCAGCGACGCCCGGAGCGCGGCGCCUCCCGGGGUGGCCUCAGCGCGUAGCGUCCCUCGAGGCGGCCGGGGCUCCUCUCCGUCUUGCCCUGCCCUGAUCGCCGCCCGCGCCCCUCCGCCCCCCUCUCGCCAGCAGCCGCGCCACCAUGGGCAGCCACAGCUCCAAGGCCGCCAAGGGGGACGUGAUGGCCCAGGACGCCGCCGGCGACGCCUCGCCCUCCAAGUCCAACGGCCAGGAAAACGGCCAUGUGAAAGUCAACGGGGAUGUGUCCCCGAAAGCCGAUGGGGAGGUGAACUCCCUGAACGACAGCGGCUCAGCAGAGGCCCCCAAGGAGCCGGCCAAGGCCGAGACGGGCGGCGGAGACGCCAUUGAGCCAGCCCCAGUGGCCGAGGGCGAAGCCAAACCUGACGGGGCGGCUUCCACCAACACUUCCAAGCAGACCCCCAAGAAGAAGAAACGGUUCUCGUUCAAAAAAUCCUUCAAGCUGAGCGGCAUUUCCUUCCGGAAAGCCAAAAAGGAAACCGGGGAUGCGUCGGCCGCCGCCUCUCCCACCGCGGGGCAGCAGGGAAAGGCUGAAGCAGCGGAGGCUGAGGACCAGUCAGCUGCCACUGAGGGGGGGGAGCAGGCCAGUGCGCCCCAAGAGGAGACAGCCGCCCCCGUGGAAAUCGCGGCUGCUACUCCCGACAAUCAACCGGCAGCCAAGCGGCAAGAUGGCAGCGAGGAGCCAGCGAAGGAGGAGGAACAGCCACAGCAGCCUCCUUCCAGCGAGAGCCAGGGGGACGUAAAGCCAGAUGAGAGCUCGGAACCUGCGGAGGUGGAGCCUAGCGCUGCGGCUGACACUGCUGCUGCGGCCGACACUGCUGCUGCUGCUGCUGAGCAGGAAGAGGAAUAGAGCUGACUUAGCUGCCCACCAGAAAGAGACUUGUCUGUGCCAUCCUUCCGAUCCCAACCACCCCUCAGAACUGCUGCCUUGACUACAUGCCACACAGGCCCGCCCCACACACAGGCCUUCUGCAUUGAGCUGGCAAGCUCUGUCUCUCCAAUGUGCCCCCCCCCACACACACAGUGAAGAAAAAAAAAUAAAACUGACUUGGCCCGGAGGGCACCACUGCCCCUCAAGCAGGAGCUCCAAAGCCCCUCUUAAAACUAUUAUGGAGAGAGAACUGAUCCUGGUCAGAAACUGGGACUUGCUCCAUGUAAUGAGACUUCAGCUAUUAACACCAAGUUCUUUUUCCUCAGAUCUUCUGUUUCUACUAAUCUUCAAAUGCAGCUCUCUUUUUUUCCUCCAAAAAGACCAACAAGCCAGCAACAACUGACCCGUUUUUCACAACGGAUAUUC